UAUAUAAGAAGAAUAAACUCCGCAACUACUCAAGACCCAAAAGCCAGAAAGCUUUUAUUAUAAGCUACUCGCAUCCCUCUCCUCUCUCAAAUCAUGUUUAUUCUUCAAGCUUCAUCUUUGAACAUGUUGAAGAUAGUGGCAUCAAUUCUAAUUCUUCUAUUCCCCGCAAUAGUAUUUGGAGAGUGUACCUGUGAAUCUGAAGACAUACAGGCCAACAACGAUGAAGCACUAAAGUACAAGCUAGGCUCCAUUGCUUCAAUUCUUGUUUCGGGUGCUUUGGGGGUAAGUCUGCCGCUGCUAGGCAAGAAGAUCCCAACUCUAAGACCCGAGAACGAUAUCUUCUUCAUUGUCAAGGCCUUUGCGGCCGGGGUGAUUCUAGCGACUGCCUUCAUUCACAUACUACCUGAAGCCUUUGAGACCUUGACUUCACCAUGCCUAAAAGAAAAUCCAUGGGGCAGAUUCCCUUUCACAGGCUUUGUGUGUAUGAUGUCUGCCAUCGGAACAUUGAUGGUUGAUACAGUGGCAACUGGGUACUACAAAAGGUCAAGCUUGAAGUCAACCCAGGUGACGAUGGAUGUAGAGAGCAUAGCUGGUCAUGAUCAUGGUCAUGCAGGUCAUGUACAUCAUACUGUUCAUACACAUGGUGCCAUACAGGGUAGUAACGCUCAUGGCUCUGAAGAAUUGAGAUCAUCAUCAGAAUUAAUCAGGCAUAGGGUCAUUUCACAAGUGUUGGAGCUGGGGAUUCUAGUCCAUUCAGUUAUAAUUGGAAUAACAUUGGGUGCAUCCCAAAACCCAGAUACAAUAAAGCCUCUCCUGGUGGCUUUGUCUUUCCAUCAAUUCUUUGAGGGCAUCGGACUUGGUGGCUGCAUCUCUCAGGCGAAGUUUAAGGCUGGGUCUGCAGCCAUAAUGGCGGCAUUUUUCUCCCUUACAACCCCCAUUGGGAUUGCAGUUGGUACCGGAAUUUCAAGCGUUUACAGUGAGACUAGCCCAACUGCUCUAAUUGUUCAAGGGACUUUGGAUUCAGCUGCAGCUGGGAUUUUAAUUUACAUGGCUCUUGUUGACCUACUUGCUGCAGAUUUCAUGAGCCCUAGAAUGCAAGGAAAUAUGAGGAUUCAAUUGGGGUCAUAUAUCUCACUUCUUCUAGGGACUGGCUGUAUGUCUCUCUUGGCAAAAUGGGCUUGAAUUUUUUAGCAGCUAGUAUGUAAAAUAAGUUGCUGUGAAUUUUUUUUUUCAUUGCCUUCAUUUA